AUGCUGAAAUUUAUGAUUUUGAUUUUCUCCAUCAUAGUGUGCUUGGGCAGCACAGUCGUGAGAACAAUGAACUCUGAUGACCAGACCUUAAAGGAAAUCAUCAACACUCUGACACAUAUAACAAAGAGGCAGGCUGCCUGUCAUGACAAGAUGGUCCUGGACAUUUUCAGUGACAUGACACAUCAGACUGUCUCAGAAACAUUUUGCAAAGCUUUCAAAGCCCUGAAGAAUAUUACUCCCUGUCCACAUAUCCAGCAUGACCUACAGAAACUUCAAAUGAACUUACGAAAAGCCGGAGAAAAGACACCGACUUGCACAGUGAACAAUGAUUCUGAGAUUCAGUUACGCACAUUCCUGAAACAUCUGAUGAAGUUUUCCAAGAGAACAUACGGACAUUGA